UCGGCGGAAUGCCUUGACAUAUUAUAGAAACCUGAUAACAACAACGCAGAUGUUAGAAUAGAGUAGACUGUGGACAUGUGGACAAAGUUCUGAAUAUCACAGAGACACAAGCGAGACAUGGAUGAAUGCGAAUCCAGUGUCAUUGAAGUGACGGGAAUCAGCAGCACCACUUCGAAAGAAAAUUUGGAGAAUUUUUUCUCUUCCCGCAAACGUGGUGGAGACAUUGUAAAGAUUGAAUAUACCGAAGGAGACGACCACGCAUUCAUCACUUUCGCAAAUGCCGAAGGUGCCAACAAAGCAUUGGAAGAAAGCCCGCAUUCCAUGGGACAGUGCACGCUUGUAGCGAGAAAAAAGAAGGCGAAAGUCUGGGAGAAAAACAAAAUAUUGGUUGAGGGAAUUUCUACAACAACGACCAGAGAUGGUUUGAUGUUCUACCUGGAACGGAUAAGUGAUUUGGAGGUGAAAGAGAUGAUUUAUGGAACAAGAAGCAACCAGACUGUAAACGCAAUUGUAACGUUUGAAAGCUCCAUAGAUUUCGAUAAGAUACAGGAAGGUUUAAGAAAGAAGUCAUCUUUAGAUGGAAAACAAAUAUCAAUAAAGACAGUUCCUCUUUGCAGCACGAUCCUAGUGAAAAACUUACCGUCUUCAGCAACACACGACUCGGUCCUGUACAAAUUUGAAAAUAAAAGAGUGGGAGGCGGCGAGGUUAAGAGGGUCGAACUGGAUCUGGAAAAGAAAAUAGCAUUGGUUGAGUUCAAAGAUCCAAGUGUUAUAAACAACGUUCUUUCUAUCUCACAAACGUUGGACAAUACGAUCCUAACCGUGGAACACUAUUACCCAAUCCUUGGUAGUUUAACUGACUUACAAUCAGAAACAACAGAAGAAGAUGGAAUACGAAACUCGACCAGCCUUGUAGAAACUACACCAAAACAAGAACGUCCCAAAGCUGCAGGCUUCGUUACAGCGAUUGACAGUGACUUAUAUCACUACCUGAAACAAAAUCAUCCUGCCCAGCUUUCCCAUGCCUUGAGAGAGCCACAGCCGAGCAUCGAGACGAAAGGAGAUUCGGUACAUUUUUCAUUUUCCAGCGAGGAAACAAAAGAACACUUCCUUACUGAUAUGAAAGCAUUCAAAUACGAAAUCGUACCGAUUAAUCCAACUCUGCUCGAACAAGGAUUAGAGAAAGAGUUGCAAGAAAUAUUCUCAGUGUUCAGCGUUGCUAAAUCAGUUUCCUUCAUCGAGAGAUAUGGCGAAGGCUUUCUAAAGCUUGUCGGAAGAGCCGUGGUUACAUUUGAUAAGGCACAUGAGGAGGUGAGAAAGUGCAUUGCCAAAGUCGAAAAGCGAACGAAUCGAUGCGAUGAUUCCAUACAAUUAUUACCUGUUCAUCUGAAGUUGCUUCAACACUCGACAAAAUUUCAGCGCUUGGAAAACUCGUUGAAGCGAGAUGGUUUGGAAAUAAUACAAGACGAAACAACCGGAAGAAUAAACGUGAAAGGCUCACCAACACAAAUACAACAACUCAAAAGUGAAACGCAAGAAAUCGUUGGCCUUUUUGAAGAGCGUUCCUUGAAUGGAAACAGGUUUUCCUUGUUGAAGGCAAACAAAGCUAUUUCACACGUAAAGUCAUUGUUGACCGCGGAGAAUUCCACGGUGGAAGUUGUAGUCGAUGAUAAAGGAAUGGUAACACUGUAUGGUAUGCAAAAGACACACGUAGACAAAGCUUUUGAUAUUAUUGUGAAUGCUAUGGUUGAAAUAAAACUCCCUGAAGGUUUGCGAACGAAAUCAUCCCAGGAUGCAUUGCUCAACGAGUUAGGGACAUCGACUCCGCUUUCAUUACAAAGAGAAGAUGGCGUUCCACGAAUCGUCUGCUUCAAGAAGCAUUUGCGAAACCUGAAUGCGAAAGUCGACGAUUUUAAAGAACGAAAGAAAACAGUAGAACAAAGAGUACGACUUCAAAAGGCAGUCCUACGCUAUCUCUCGACCUACGGAGAAACUACCUUGGAAGGCUUGCGGCUUUCAUCACCUGGCUUGAAGAUAGAGAUUGGAAGCGAAGCCUUGGUUCUAUCUGGUGAGAAGCCAUUAGUCGAGAAUUGUUGUGUGAGCAUACAAGAUCUUACAAAAGAUCUAAAGGUGGAGAAGAUGGAUUACGGAACACCGGAAACAGCGUCGAGUAUAAAAGGAAUGGCGUACAUGGCAAUUGAGAGCAUAGAAAGAAAACAUCGAUGUGGGAUUGCAGUCACAAUCAACGAUCAGCCAGAAAGACAGAUUUCAUUCCGAUCACAAAAUGCAACCACUGUUAGUAUCAAGGAAGACAGGAAGCGUACAAUGCAGUGUCGAUACACUUUCCCGAACGGUAAGAUCAUUGAGGUACAUCAAGGAGAUAUCCUGGAACAUCCCGUAGACUACUUAGUGAACUCUGCGAACGAGGAGCUCAAGCAUGCUGGUGGACUUGCCAGGGCGAUAGUUGAGAAAGGAGGGCGUAAAAUCCAGGAGGACUGUUUCCGUGCCUUAAAUGAACUGGGAACGGCAAAACUUUUACUUGCGGAGGUUAUCCCUACUGACGGAGGGAAAUUGAUGUGUAAGGAAAUACUUCAUGUAGUGGUGCCAACGUAUCGUCCGUCUGAUGGUUAUGGUGAAGGCGAAACAAGGGAAGAGUGGUACUUAAGGCACUGUUGUACUAAUGUCCUGGAGAAGGCAACUAAGGGUCAAACUAUUGCAAUUCCAGCGCUGGGCACAGGAAUCUACAGGAUUCCCUACGACAUCAGUGCAAAAAGCUUGGUAGCAGCGACUUGUGAAUUCUUACAAGAAAAACCUUCCCACAGUUUACAACAAGUUCAUUUUGUCGAUAACGAACCCUCGGCCAUCGAGGCGUUGAUGAAAGAAAUAGUGGGAAGGUUUAGUUGUGAUUCAAACUUACAUAUCAACGAACCGGUUCGAGAUAGAUGGAGACCGUUGCUAGGCGCAUCUGGUGGAGUUUCGCCACUGGAUACCACCAAAGCAUGUGAUCAUUUUACAUUUAAAACUCCCGAGGGAAUGGAAGUGCACCUGACCAUUGGAAACGUUGCAAAAUCCACGACCGAUGUUAUCGUGAACACGGUUGGAAGUGAUCUGAACCUUACGAAGAAUCCUUGCUCAAAAGCAAUUCUUGACGAAGCUGGAAGUGGACUGAAAAGCUUAUGCGAGAAAUGGAUAAAAGAUAAGCAUCAGCUUAAAGAAAGAGACUUUGCAAUCACAGAUGGCGCCAAGUUGAAAUGCAAGAAAGUUUUUCAUGUUUCAUGCCCCAGAUGGACAGCUGAUCAAGGAGAGAAGCAACUCCGUGAGGUUGUGCAAAAACUGUUGUGCAAAACCGCAGCUCUCUCGCUCACCUCGAUCUCAAUGCCUGCUCUCGGCACCGGGACUCUGGGAUUCCCGGUAAAAUUGGUCGCGAAGAUCUUGUUUGAAGAGGCGACGCAAUUCAGUUCAGAUCACAAGCCUUCCCCCAAAAUCAAAACGGUUAACGUUGUCGUUUACAAGGGGAAUAAGACAGCCGUCGAUGCAUUCAAAGAACAAUUUCAAGGCUUCUCACCAACUGCUGACGUGAAUGCACGAAAAACAAAACGAGGUUCGGAAAGUGGUGCAGGUAUUUUGAAGACAACCCGUAAAAAGAUUUCGGGUGCCUUCGACAGAAGUUCGGGCAAAGAAAAAGAUAAAACACACGGAGUUGAGGUGGAAAUUGUUCAAGGAAAUAUAGUCGAGGAAUCCACUGAUGCAAUCGGGUUCCUGGUUGCCGAGGAUAUUACACAAGGAGGGCAAAUUGGAAGGGCGCUUUAUAGAGGAGCCGGUGAAGAUUUAAGAAAAGAAUACAUUAAUAUUGGAUUGAACAGGAUUGACCCUGGAACGGUAGUCAUGACAACGGCAGGGAAUUUGAAGGUUUGCAAAUUGCUGCACAUGGUUAUAAAGGCGCCCACCGACAAAUCGACGAUUCAAAAUGCAGUUACAAGGUGUUUAAACGACGCUGACAUGUACGGCUUCGCCUCGUUGUCUCUUCCCGCGGUCGGAACCGGUCACUUACAGAGAGAUGGCAAACAAUCCGCCGAGAUUUUAUACCACUGCAUCAAAGAAUAUCGUAAAAGAGAUAACAAGUCCUUGAAGCUCAUUCGUAUUGUUAUUUUACAAGAAAAUGUUUUCGAGGAAUUCCGUGGAGCUUUCGCACGCAAAGAUCCGGGCGCAGAGUCAUCGAAAGGAAGCACACGUAAGACGAGGCAACAGAUUACUCUGGAAAUUGCAGCAGAAAGUUCGAGCGACAUCGCAGCAAUCAAAAAAGAACUGAAACGGGUCGAGGAAGAACAAUGUCAUACUGAGACCAUCGAAACACAACAGGAGAUUGAUGUGAGACAGCUGGAAAAAAUCAUGGAAAUACAGGACCUCCACGAUGUUCGUAUUGAGUGUAAACCCACUAUUGGAUACAUCAGAAUCAGCGGGCUGGCAAGGAAUGUAUCGAUUGCAGUGGGAAAGAUUCACAAUAUUAUCCACGACUGGGAACGAGAGAGACAUCACACGGAUGUGACCGUCCGAGAGGUUGAAUGGUUCUAUUACGAGGGUGAUAAAGGUGUUGUUAUUCCUGAAAAGUACGCAAAACAAAUCAGCGCCAAGAUAGAGACGGCGUACAAGAGAAAUCCUUCUGGAACUGUCGAAGUUGGUGACGAUGAGAAAUAUAAAAUAGAUUUCAAAACCAUGACAGAGACAUGUUUGACUUCAAACGAAGGCCUGAUGAAAGUCUACAGACGCCCGUGUGAAGCAUUUCCAUUUCCUAAAAAUUGGGAAUACCAGCCGAUUGAUGGUUCCACUGGGCAGGAGCUUCAAGUGUUUCGCUUCAAUAUCGAGAAACAAGACACAGAAUAUGACGAAAUUCAUGACAAGUUUCUAGCAUCGCUCUCAUUAGCGGCAAACGUUCCCAAUGUGGAGGUUGUAAAGAUUGAAAGAAUUCAAAAUCCAGGAUUGUAUCAAUUGUACCAGGGAAAGAAGAAGAAAAUGUGCAAUGAUGGAAAUGAACUGGAUCUGUAUCAUGGAACAACAAAAGAUGCUGUGGAAAAAAUUAACUGCACUGGUUUUAACAGAUCUUAUUGUGGAAAAAAUGCUGUGAAGUUUGGCAAUGGUGUAUAUUUUGCCAGAGAAGCUUGGUAUUCAUCAAGAAGACAAUAUGCUGUUCCUGAUGAGAAAGGUCUACAGUAUAUGUACAUAGCCAAGGUCUUGGUCGGUAAAUACACAAAAGGAAAAGAAGGUCUGAUUGUUCCGCCACCAAUUGACGCUAGCAAUCCAAAUGUUAGUUACGACUCUGUUGUUGACAAUGUAGCAAAGCCAUUGAUCUACGUUGUUUUUUAUGACUAUCAGCACUAUCCGGAGUACCUAAUUACAUUCAAGUGUUCUUGAGUGACAGAAACUGAUGAAAUGAGUUGUGAAAUCUCACAAGAUUUCAAUAAUAAGUAGCUACAAAUGCUUUUUAAAAUGCUAAUAAUAAUCAAUCAUCAUCUCAUGUUCAUUUGAAAUUUGUCUGUUGUCAUAAACUGGGAAGUUGGGUUUUAAUAGACACAGCAAAACCUCCAUCACAGGGGCAGGCUGAGCCCAUCUAUUUCCAUGUCCAUAUUAUAAUUCUUGCCACCCUCUUAGUGUAUCACAUAAGAAUGAUUUAGUAAAGUUUUUUUAAGAAGGGUUAAGGG